AUGUUGGUUCCGGGAAGCCGAUCUGCAAUUAAACCGGAGGAUUACUCGGCAAGUCCGAGAAGUCCGUUAGAUUUGAAAUCCCCGUCACCGUCACCGGUCAGCUCGAAGCGUUACGGUUCCGGUGGUGUCGGUUUGGGUAUCGUCGCUGCGUUGGAGGAAAGUAGCAACGGGAUUAACCGGUACGAUCCGGUUCGAUACUCCGGGAGGUUCCGAUGCCCGGAGAUUGAUCUGUCGGAUGAGGAAUACACUUACGUGACGAGCCGUGAUGGGCCGACCAAAGUGUAUUACAGCGACGACGGGUUUGAAUUGUGUGGAAAUGGGUCGGAGUACGGUGAUCGGAGAGUGCAUAAACCGAUGGUUAUCGCCGAUGAACCACCGGUUAUCAAGAGACAGAUCUUUAGGGGUUCGACCGAGUUUCUGAGCUCGUGUUGCUUGUGUAAGAAGACACUUCAAGGCAAAGACAUUUACAUGUACAAAGGAGAGAUGGGAUUUUGCAGUGCAGAGUGCAGAUCAGUGCAAAUAAUGAAGGACGAGCAAUGUAAAUCGCAAAUUUCGAGAAACGUCGACGUUUCGAGCUCUUCUUGCACCGGCGGACAGAGUUUCCCCGCCGGGGUAUUCGUAUUUUAG